AUGGCCUCCCCACCACCUGGACAGCAAACAGAGCAGCCUCAUCUCGUUUCUCUAGUUCUGCAAUCUAAGAAAGCACUUCAACACGGCCAACAACUUUGUUCCAAGGCUAAUAGCCUUUCAAACGCGUCCGCGCAAUGUUCGCUAGACGUGCUUACACUAGACGCGAAAGUUAAGUGGAUCACAGAGGCCGUCCUUGAGCAGCUCAAGCUUGCGGCGAAUGUUGCUAAGAGUAUUGAGUAUAAGCGUGCUCAGCUGGAUAAGCAAGUUAAGGCAUGGGAUAUUGUGCGCUCGAAACGUACUGAGGCCCUCGACAAUAUCCUCGAGUCCCUAGGGGCCCAGCUAGUACCACCUGGUUUCCACCAGUCUUCCUCUGGUUCUUCCCUGUUCGGAAGUCAACACUCCAUUGAUGGCAAGAAUGGCAAUGCACUUUUCAAUGCACAGCAGAGCCCUUCCGCCACUGUGCGGGAUAACCCGUUCGACCGUCACGGCAAGAACGCAGACCGGACCAAGUGGAAGACACUGCGCGACUUCGUGGAUGAGAGUGCUAUUGAAAACGUGCUGGACACACUAGAGAGUGACAGAACAAGGCUAGACGAUAUUAUGGCUUCAACGUAUGAUUACCCAGAAACUCUCUCGGCUGCUAUAUCGUCCAUUCGCGAGUCUCUUCCAUCGUCUAGUAACGUACCUUCGAUAGAGGACAUAUUGAAUGCACAGCAGCAGCCUUCGGAGCUCAUGGCACGCCACCUCAGUAGUCUUACUUCCCACUAUGAGCAAAUGGCAGACGCGUUGAAAGAAAGCGAAGCUGGAGAGAUAUUUGGCGAGGAGGACUUACAAGACAUGAACCGUGAUACGGAAGAGCUACCUUCUAUCAUGGCUGAACUAGAAGAACAAGUACUCUCGAUCGAAGAUACUCACCAACAACUGGUGACAGCAAAUACAGCUGCUCAAGAACGACUAACCACACAAUCUAUAACUCUCGAUAACCUCGACGAGCUAGGUGAGAUCAUGUCUGACAUGUUACAGAAGCAACAAGAUGUCGAGAAUGAUUGCCAAGAGCUUCUCGACGGCCUCCAGGAGCGACUUCUCAUCGUUGAAGACCUUCAUCACCGUUUUAUCCAGUACCAAACUUCAUUUAAGAAACUCCUUGUUGAGAUCGGAAGGAGAAGACAGUACAAAGAAGCAGUAGAGAAGGUUGUCGAGGGGAUGGUCCUGGAAUUAAGGGCAAUGACUGAAGAAGAACGUCAGGUAAGAGAAGAUUUCAAUGCAGAGCAUGGGCGACAUAUCCCAGAAGACAUCUGCUUGUGUAUCGAGAAUCCACCAACGAGAUGGGAUGUUGUGCCUCGGGAAGGGGAUGUGCGAGAGAGCCUGCCUGAGGUAGAAAGUGAUCUCCUGGCGCAGGCAAAGGAAAAGUUGGCCGUGGUAGAUGUGUCAUCAGCCGGUACUGAGAGUGUGUAG